AUGCAAUUCUUUGCAAAUACAGCAUGGACAGCUGAUUACAUAACUGGUUUAAAAACUCUAGAGACACAAUCAACAAAAUCAAUUUCUCAACUACAUGAUUUUAGAAAAUUGGUCUUCAAUUAUUUAAAGUAUUAUCAUUCAAAUAGUGAGUUUUUGAGUAAACAUAGCUCAGAUCUUCAAAAUGGCGAAAUCUUAAAAACAACAUCAGAUGAAUCUCCAAAUUAUAAUAAAUGCAUUGAAUUGUUUAAUAAUGAAAUGUCAAUUGAAUCAAAUAUUUUGUUACAAUUAGCAUCCGCAAUUGAUAAAUUUAUAUUAGAUGGAAUUACGAAAUACUUAAAGCAUCAUGAACCAAAAAUUAAAAAAGAAAUUACAAGAUUGGAGGAAAUAUACGAUCAAUACAUUGAAUCAUCUACAAAAUUGAAAAAACUAAAAAAUAAAUAUUUCGAUCAAUUAAGAUUAAAAGAAUUUGCAGAAACUCAAGGUCAUAAAAUUCAAGAACCACAAAUACAGCGACAUGAUGAAGAAAUAGAUUAUAGUGAUGAGGAGUCAUAUGCAGAUGAUGAAGUCGAAGAAAUCAAGACUCAAAAACAAAAUAUUGAAUUCAAAUUCCCAUUGCAUAUCGGUACGACAACUUUUGAAAAUGAAGAAGAAUUACAGCAAAUAAUAGCUCAAUUAAUUACCAAAACUCCCACAACCAAAAGAAAGAUACCAUUACCAGGCUACAAAGCAGAUAUUUUUGCAAGUGGGUCAUUAUGUGAAGUAUUAACAAAGAUAAGAAUAAAAGGAUUAAAACCAUCAAGAUCUAAUUUUGAAAAAUUUGGUCAAUCGCUAGUUGAUUUAAAACUAAUAACCCCAACUAGUAUAUUUCAAAAGAAGUUCAAAAGUGAAGGAGUGUGGUUUGAAUGGUCAGAUUUGGCUGAUUUUGUAGCUGAAAAUUUACCUAAUAGUCUUGACUUACCUUCAACUCCAAUUAAAACACCAUCAUCAUCAAGGUCGAGUGAUAGUACACCGCAUAAAGUAACAUCACCGUCUAAUAAAAUCAUGUCAGAUAUAUCAGAGACUUCAACAAAAUUUAGUGCAAUGUUUAAUAGUAUGAAAAGUACAAUAUUGAAAACAAAUCAUGAUGAAGUGAUUUCAACUACUUUAGAAGAUUACAAUCACUUGCUAUUAGAGGUACAAGAAUUAAAGUACUUUUUGGAAAUGGGUUACAUAGAGUUAUCAAAAUAUUUAGAAAAAUUUGAAAAAAUGACAAUUCAAAUCAUAUAUACCAAUUCAGCAAGAUUAUCAGAAAUAAUAUCAAAUUUUCAUCAUGAACAAAUCAAACAAAUUGACGAUUUCACUAAGGAAAUGAUGAGUUUGAACAAACAAGAAAAUCAUGAACACGAUUUUGAACUAAAAUUAAACUCAUUAAAUUCAGGUCUUUAUUUUGCUUUGACCAAUGAAAAUCAACUACCACAAAACUUAACGAACCAAUUCAAUAUAUUUAACGAUAUACCACUACAACUUUUGAACUACCAGAUAAACGAGGAAGAUGAUCAAGAUAUUUUAAGCAUUGCGUCAGUGCCGGUUUUGCUAUACAACUUAAUUCAAACUAUAGAAACUGAGAAAUCAGACCUAAAAUCUUUAUGGCUACAACCGUUAAAUUUUCAAACUGCCUGGACUAUUAAACAAGAAGUCACACAACUUUUAGCAAACUAUAUACCCAAUGAACUUGAUCAACUUACUAGUGCUUCAGAUUUACAAGAAUCAUUUAUCAACGAAGUUAUAGACUUUCUUCAAAAGAAAAAAUCUGAAGAAGUUGUACAUUUCCUCAAAUCAUGGUUAUUAGAAAUCAAAGAUUCAGUAAUACCGUUUAUAGUAUUUGAUUCAAUAUUGAAAAUCUACAAAGAUGAAUCACAAUCAACUUCAGAUUUAAUCAAAAUACUAUCAUCAAUUCCAAGAAGUAAUUUAGCAUCCCUACUUUGUAUACUAGAACAUAUAUCAGAUGUAUUCAAAUUAGGUAAAUUUUUAGAAUAUGGAUUAUCAGAUGAAUUAAAUGAGAAAUUAAACGAAGAUGAAAAGUUAUUGGAGCAGGUUUCUGAAGAGUUGAAUUCGAUGGAGUCAAUUGGUUCAUUACCAUUUUUGCAUUUAAUCAUGAGACCUUCAACUACUAAAAAUUCAACUGGUUUCAAACCACCAAUUCAUGAAUACAACUCAAUGCUUAAGGAUUUGUUGAAGUUAGAUACAAGAAAGAAAUUAUUCAAUGUAUUAAUCGAGCAAGAGACUAAGUAUAGACAAAAGAAAGAAGCAGAGAAGAAAGCUGGUAUACCUACAAAGAAAAUUCAUUUACCACCACCACCUUCAUCAUCACAUAUCAGUUCACCGCCAUCUGAAAAAUUACAAAUCAAAGUAACACAAGAUAAUGAACCACAAGAAUCAGAUUUGGCAACACCAUUAAAACCACAUCCGCAAAAUCAAGAAUUAAAAACACCAAGACCUUUAAGUGCUGAUACUUUCACAUUAAGACCAUUCAAAACAAGAUCAACUCCAGUACCAUCCCCACAAGGUUCACCAAAACAUCAACACAAAGAAUUUGAGCAAGAAUUAAGUCAUAGACCAAGAAGUUCGAGUAAUUUGGGACCAAAGAUGGAUAUUAAAUUUGAAGAACCUAAUUAA